ACAAGUACAUAAUCUCAACAGAAAAAAUCACAACGGCAAAAUCCAGAGGGCCAUGGAAGAGUCUGGAAGUUCGUCCCAAGUUUUUUGUGCAUCACAUCCGUACUGAAGAGGAUAUGAACGAGAACCAUUUAUACUUCUCUAGUGCAGAGGCCAACUCUGGAAAUAAAUACAGCUUCAUGCAGAACAGUUAAACGGGUAUAUAAGCAAUAGGCAUUGCGAACAUAUAUGCAUACAAUCCAAUACUUCUGCUAGUAAUUGACUAAAACAUCACAAAUUCCUACGCAGUACCAGCUGUUGAUGACGAAAAGUAUGACCAACGCAGAUACGCAUACCCAGAGGGUGGCAAUUCUCGGAGCUGGUCCAAUUGGAAUUGAGUGUGCCAGCGCUUUGCAGAGGAGUCUGCCUAAUAUUAGCGAAAUAAUUAUACUCGAAGCCGGAGAUACAAUCGCGUCGAACAUCCGACAAAAUUGGCCGCAUGUGCGUUUGUUUUCGCCCUGGAAGUACAACACAUCCACUUCGUCCCGAGAAGUACUACGAUCUGAUGGACAGGACGCCGAAGGUUAUGAUGGUGACAAGUGUGUGACAGGGGGAGAGUACAUCGAUCAGUAUCUCGAACCGGUUGCGAAGGCACUCGUAAAGUGCGAUAACGUGCAGCUGCACUUGCGGACUCGGGUGGUAUCAGUGGGCCGAUCUGGGCUACUGAAGCGAGACAUGGGCAAGGAAGCACGUUCCAAGGGCAAGUUUAAUAUAUUAUGUACGAGGAUACCUCUUGGCGGCAAGAAAGAAUCUGUGGGUGAUGAAUUUUGUUUCAGAGACGUAGACGCUGUGCUUGAUUGUACAGGCACUCGAUCUGACUAUUCAUGGUUUGGUGAGGGUGGGAUGCCUGCAAUCGGCGAGAAGCAAUUGUCCCGGGAUAAGGACAGUGGGAGCUUCUUCACUAGACUGAUACCACAGGUGGGCGAGGUGAAGGGCAAGCGCGUGGCUGUGAUAGGUUCCGGGUAUUCUGCAGCCACAUCUGUGCGAAAUCUGAUUGAUUCGCCAACUGUGCAACAGAUAUACUGGCUUACCAGGAGAGUGCUCGGUAAAAGUGGUCAGUUGUAUCGGGUACUCGAAGGGGACGCACUUCAGAACAGAGCGGCGCUAUGUGAGAUGGCUAACGAAUUAGUAAGCAGAAACCCGGAGCCCGAAGGGGAUGGAUCUGGGAUGGAGAACAAGGUAGCCCAUAUAGACAAUUGCACCAUCACAUAUGCCACCCUCAAUGAGAGCACCAAUGGUAGCACGCCUACAAUCACACUGACCAUAGACGCCACCGAUCCCACAGCCGAGCGGCUACCAGUGCACAAACUAGAUGUAGACUAUCUCGUGUCCAACGUGGGCAUGCGCCCGGAUCUAUCCAUACAUUCCGAGCUUCAAGUACACACAUGCUACGCUACUGAGGGUCCGAUGGCGUUGGCUGCAACGCUUCUGGGAGCUUCGGGUGACUGUCUAACACAGGCUACCCCAGGAAUUGAUAGUUUGCUGACGCCGGAACCUAACUUCUUUGUGCUGGGUAACAAAAGUUACGGCAGAAGCUCGGCAUUCCUGAUGAGAGUGGGCAUCGAGCAGGCCGAGGCGGUGGCACUAUACUUACGAGAACAGAUUUGAUACAAUCGAUCUUGAAGUGUUUGUAUCAUAUCGCGACGAGCUCGGUCAAUUGCGCUACAUUUGUACCUCGUCUUAGGUUUUAGAAAUUGAAGUUAAAUGACAAUUUUCGUAUUCUGAGCGGUUCUACUGUUGAUCAUUUCUUUCUUGUAGCAUGAUAUCGAUAAAGUCUGUUUUCAAUGCUCGCUCAGGAACGAAUUUGUUGAUCCUUUCCAUGACUUCCUUGUCGACUCGCACAACUGUAUCACUAGAACGAGAAUUAUAAGGUGGCAUCUAAAUAGAUAUAAUGAUGUUACUGGCGUGCAGCCCCACCAAUAGGAAAAUAAUCCAAUCGAUACCCACUGAGGACACUCCAAACGAGACCGUAUGCUAUAUCAGUACACGUAUUGUGUAUGGUGCUGCGGAGGGCAGGGAGUUUUAUGGGUAACCGUUUGAAAUUUAUUUUACAUUUGUUGGCAAUGUAAAUUUAUUCUAAAGCUACCAGUGCCUUGUUCAUCUUAUCUAAAUCGUCCAUAUUAUUAAGCAGUUGCUGCGCCAAGAAUGACUCAGACUUGACCGAGAUGGAGGCGUACAAGUGCGACAGGGAGGACGGAGGGGCGACAUCAAAGUCGCCCAUGGCGGCCCGUGUAUCGAUUGAUGAUGUGGCAGUGUUUGGCAGUUGACUAUGUGUGCUGUGCUGGUUUUGUGUUUUGUACUGAUUUUGUAUAUUGGAUUGACUGUAGCGGUGGUUGGAUAUGCUGUUGUUGCCAGCAACGGAUGUUUGUAGGUUCGAAGGGACGGAUAGGUGUGUCAUCGAAGUAUAUCGCGGAUGGAAGUGGAUCUGGCGUGUGCACAGGAGUGAAUUAUAUGAGACUGUGAUCGGAGCAUAUCCAAAUGAAAAUAAACUUGUCGUAGUUCAGAGGCACAAACAACCUAAUGACAACUCACAACAAUUAACACAAACUACGACCAGUAUAUGUGAUCGCGCAAAUCUGACGUGCAGCCAAUUCACAUGGCUAAUAUCAAAAGAAAGAAGUGAAGAAGCGAGCUCAGAGUUGAGAAUCCACAACUACACACCUUGAGUUGGCCGAGGACGUGGCAAUGUUCGCCACAAAGAUUAUACCAACCGGAAAUUUCGUCGAUACCAAGAGACAGGCCUGACAGAUCGACUAUGACAGAGCCGAUGAAAUGGUCUUCUUGACACCCAGUGUUGUCAAUGGAGUGACGUCGCCACAUACGGAACACUAAGCUUUGUCCCUAUAAAUGUAUCAAUAUGACGGUGUAUAAAGCAGUUAGAAAAACUCGCAUGUAUGUGUACGUACCAAAGAACAUAUUGUUUGUUUCGAGUACAACGAAAUUUUCAAUAGAAAAUCUGCCCGGACCUUACUGUUCCAAUUGAAUAGUUGGUGUUAAAUACGAAAAUAAAACUCUUCUUUUUCACGCGCCACGAUUUGUGGAAGAAUGAGGUAUAUUGACCGAUGCGAGUUUCACUCAUAGAAAGCAGCAUGGUAUUAUACCCACUUAAAUAAAAAAAGAAUAAGUAGCAGCAUAGCCACUAAACUAAAACUCACCAUCGUGUCCUUGAGCUGUGCAUCCGUUACCACGAUCGAGUGUGCGUGUAUGUGGAUCAAUGGAGUGGCUUUCCG